GUGUUCAUUGAGAGAAACCUUAUUUUUUAACUGUGCUAUGGAAUAGAAGCAGGAGGGUUUUCCACCAAGUGACAGUCACUGAGCUGAACUUACCCCCUCCUCCUUUCCACACCUGCAAAGCCUUUUGCCUGGGUUGAAUAUUUAGUUUAAUUACAUCUCAGCUUUGAGAGCUCCUGUUGCAAAUCCCUGGAUUAAAAGGUUCUACCUGGAGUUGAUGAACUGAGCCAUGAGGCUAACUCUCCUCUUCAUCCUACUGUUGCCAGUAUGCUUGGCCACACCAUUCCACCAGAAGGGCCUCUUUGACUUUAUGAUGGAGGACGAAGGGUCAGCUGAUAUGGCUCCAACAGAUGAUCCUGUCAUAUCUGGAUUUGGGCCAGUGUGCCCCUUCCGCUGCCAGUGUCAUCUUCGUGUUGUGCAGUGUUCUGAUCUGGGUCUGGAAAGAGUGCCAAAAGACCUUCCCCCUGACACAACUCUGCUGGAUUUACAGAACAACAAAAUCACUGAAAUUAAAGAAGGAGAUUUCAAGAAUUUGAAGAAUCUUCAUGCAUUGAUCCUUGUUAACAACAAAAUCAGCAAAAUAAGUCCAGCAGCUUUUGCUCCUCUGAAGAAACUGGAAAGACUGUACCUAUCCAAGAAUAAUUUGAAGGAACUUCCAGAAAACAUGCCCAAGUCUCUUCAGGAGAUACGUGCUCAUGAAAAUGAGAUCUCCAAGUUGAGGAAAGCAGUUUUUAAUGGACUGAAUCAAGUGAUUGUCUUAGAAUUAGGCACCAAUCCACUCAAGAGCUCAGGCAUUGAAAAUGGAGCUUUUCAAGGGAUGAAGAGGCUUUCCUAUAUCCGUAUCGCAGACACCAACAUUACUAGCAUCCCUAAAGGUCUUCCUCCAUCCCUUACUGAACUUCACCUUGAUGGCAACAAAAUCAGCAAAAUUGAUGCGGAAGGUCUGUCUGGACUCACCAACUUGGCUAAAUUGGGUCUCAGCUUCAACAGUAUUUCUUCUGUUGAAAAUGGUUCUCUGAACAAUGUACCUCACCUGAGAGAACUUCAUUUGAAUAACAAUGAACUUGUCAGAGUACCUAGUGGGUUGGGUGAACACAAAUACAUCCAGGUGGUCUAUCUUCAUAACAACAAGAUUGCUUCAAUUGGCAUCAACGACUUUUGCCCUCUUGGCUACAACACCAAAAAGGCGACUUAUUCUGGUGUGAGUCUCUUCAGCAACCCUGUGCAAUACUGGGAAAUCCAGCCCUCUGCUUUCCGAUGUAUCCAUGAACGCUCUGCAGUACAGAUCGGAAACUACAAAUAGAUUUCUAAAGGCGGGGUUUGGUUGUAUUUCAGCUAAAGUACCUGUUGUAAUGGGCCUGUUCAAAAAAUUGUUGCUAACAGUUAAUGCCAAAUACCAGAAACUUCACCGUAAAGUGGAGAUGAUCCAAUUAUGUAAAAUAAAUUAAUCAAUGCAGAUGUACAAGAUCAAACAUACCAUCAAAAAGAAUUUCUGUCUGUGCUUUAAACUGACUUAUUUCAGCCUUCUUUUCCAGCAUGCUUUCUGUGGUAAUUUUUGGUUUGCUGAAUGCUACAGGUUUUCAGAUUCCACUGUAUAUGAGAUUCGGAGUAAAUAUUUGUCAAACUAUGAAUU